AAUUAUCUAUUGAAUGUCCGAUUAUUUUCAUCUUUUCAUUUAUAUUCUUUGCUUCAUUUUCUGAAUCCAUAGUAUAUGGAUUCUCAGAUCCUCAUUAUAUAUUUCUUUGGGUAAUGUUCCCAACAAACACACUAAUGGAUCUAGGAGUAUCUCCAUUUCUAAUAUCUUGUAUUUUUUCUCAGCACCCUUAAAAUAUCAUUCAUUCAUUCAUUCAUCUUCUACCGCUUAUCCGAACUACCUCGAGUCACGGGGCGUCAUCGGGCAUCAAGGCAGGAUACACCCUGGACGGAGUGCCAACCCAUCGCAGGGCACACACACACUCUCAUUCACUCACACAAUCACACACUAUGGACAAUUUUCCAGAGAUGCCAAUCAACCUACCAUGCAUGUCUUUGGACCGGGGGAGGAAACCGGAGUACCCGGAGGAAACCCCCGAGGCACGGGGAGAACAUGCAAACUUCACACACACAAGGUGGAGGCGGGAAUCGAACCCCGACCCUGGAGGUGUGAGGCGAAUGUGCUAACCACUAAGCCACCGUGCCCCCCCCCCCUUAAAAUAUCAAACAAUCCCAAAAAAUGUGUGAGCUCCUAUUUUAAAAAUCUGCAUUUUUAUGACCUUGUUAUUUUACUGUUUUUCUACAGCUUUUUCAACAUUGGUGACUUGUAAUAAAAUAGUUUACCCUUUAUUUGGUAUGGCUUAUUUUCUACCACAUAAUACAGUCAUACAGUGACAUUGUAUAUAAAAACAGACAUUAAAUCAUAACAUGGUUAUUUUCUUAGAAUUGAAAGUUACUGUAUGUGUAAAUAAAAUAACUAAUCAUUUUAUUUCUGUAUGAUAGCAUAUGUUUAAGUCUUGAGGUGUCUAUUAAACUGGAGAAUAUAAAGCUCACCAACUACAAACACUGAGAGGAUGAAAUAAACCAGACAUGUUUGCAGGGCUAGUUUUUGCAGCAUGCAUGUACAGCUGUUCCUGGUAUUGAAAGAGGAUGUACCUUUUCUGGGGUACGCAGUCGAAUGCGUUUGAAACCACAGCUCAAGCAGAUUUUACUCAACCAACGAAGAAAAACAGAAGGUAUAUGGAGGAUGGAAACAUUUUCAUGACCUGAUUUUAACAGGAAGUGACUGAGACAAAGAAGUAAGCAUUUCAUUGAGCACAAAUUUGUGCUCAAGGCUUUAACAAUCACAUGAAAUUUGUCAAAUGAAACUACAAGUUACAGUUUUCAACAACAAAAAUGGAGCAAAAUAUUGUAGAUUUGCUUAAGGAUGCAUUUUCAGAAAUUGAUUUUGAGCAUCCACCGUCAGACGAGGACACGAACACUUCACAAACAGCGCUAGUUAUGGAUGAGGAUGUAGAAGAUGUGAUUAGUGCUAGUAAACUCUGGACUUCAGAACAAGGUUCGGAUGAGACUUUCACUACUGUUUAUGAACAAGAAGAAAAUGAAGCGAGCUCUGAUAUCUGUGAGAGUGAGUCAAGUGUUUUAUUGUCUAUCAACACACAGGCUACAUAUUGUUUCUCUCAUGAUGAAAUAAAUAAUGAUCGGGUUGUAAACAUGAUGAUGGCAGAAGCACAACAACUAAACCAUGCAGCUGGAGAGUGUACUGCAGAGGAAGGAAACAUGCAAAGUGACAUAGAAGCAGAUGUUUCUGAAAAGGAUCUCACAGAGGAGGAACAUAUUGAAACGUUGAAUGUAGAAUAUGAGCCACAGAUGUCACCUCCAAUGUCCAGAGAGUGUCAAACACCUGAAGAGAUGUCAUCCAGCUCGGACGAAGAAUUGCCAAAGAACUACCGCACGACCCGAUCUGAAUCCGUCGAUAAGAAGGAGGAAUCUUUCCUUGCAACAAGUCCAAAUAUCCCUGACAAAAAUGUCAAAGAUGAUAUGAAAGAGUUUACAGAGGAAGAUCAAGAACACAUCGAGGAAAGCCUUGCAGAUUAUCCAUCGGAUUUAUCACACAGUGAAAGUGAAGAACCUGCUGAAAACGCUACAGCGCAGCCGUUCACCCAAACAGGCCUCAGCUCUAGUGAUAAUCACACCACAGACAUGAUGGAAGAGGUGUUCAAUGCAGAACAUGUGAACUUGCAAAACAAAGACAGUCCUGACCUGGAUUAUAAUUCUGGGAUUAAGGGCGUGGAGGUUGAGCUGAUCUCUGCAUCAGUAGAUGUUGAUCUGUCUUUCCAGAGAGGGAGCUUUGAUGAAGAUGAUGUACAAGAAUCUUUAACAAAUGAUAUAAAGACAGAGGAAGAUGUAAAGAAUAUGGAGGAUGCUGGAGAUCUAAGUGAUGUGAGUGAUCAAACAGACAACAUCAGUGACAGUAGCAGUGACGAUAAAAGCUCAAGCCGAGAUGAAACAGAAUUUCUCUCAUCACUAAAGCAGGAAGAGGAAAAGAAUCAUGUUACACAGUAUAACUACUCAACAGAGGACAUGCUGAGGAUGGAUAAUGAUAUUGGUUACAUAUGUAAAAAUACAGGGGACUUGGAUGCUUUCAGUCCUGAGAAAAAGGACGUGAAGCAGUUAUUAUUCUGGGAAAGUGGCGUCACAAACCCAAGCUCUAUUUCAUGUUAUGAGGAAUCCAGUACCGAGCUACGCCAUAGCAUAGAACCAGUCCAAUCAGACACAGCCCUAAAAGACCAUGAGGUAUCAUCUACAGAGGCUUCAGAUAAUGUAGAGGACACCAAAAAUGCAAUAACUGAGGUUUUGUGGACCUCAUCACUGCUCAUGGAUGAAGACAACCUGCACAUAGAAGAGUACGACUGGGAUUUGACUGGUGAAGAUUCAUUUGUAAUCAAUUCAGUUGAAGGAGAAAACCAAGAAAAUGAAGAAGACUUAGACAUUGAAGAGUUCGACAUUGAUGACAAUGAGGAAGGGAACGAGAGAGACUGGGAGCUGGAGAAAACUAGAAUUGAGGCAUUUUAUCAGUUCUAUGGAGAUCAGGCUGAGCCAGAUGGUGAAGUGGGCAGGAACCCUAAGGUUUCCUUUCUUUUGGAUCAGGAAUCUUCAUCAUCAGAACGUGAAGAGGAUUCUGACAGUACUGAAGAGGAACUGGACUCAGAUCUAAACAUACCAGAUCUCAACACAUCAAAACCAGAGUAUCACAGUGAGUCAGAUGAUGACCCCCUGGAGAACCCUUACUACAUUGAGAGGUCAAAGCUGCAACCAAAGGAACAGCAACCUAUGAAUGUACCAGUGAAGCAACCUCCCCAGAGAAACAAGUGUCUUGCUGUGCUGAAGUCCACCUUAGCGUUUGGCCUUCUGACAGCAAUAGGCAUCGUAUCAUUCUGGUGGGCAACAGAAAACAUGGAAUGGAGUAACUGAUUCUCAACUUAUUGUCCCUGGUUGAGAAAACAAAAACAUGAAUCAGCAUAAUACUGAUUAUAUUUUAUAUAUAUUAUAUUAUGUAAAUGGGUGUCUUACCUUUUGGGUGUCGUUAUAAAGGCAAAAUGGGAUGUUUUCUGAAAUAGUUUAGUAAUGUUUGUAAAAUAGGCAGUAAGCAAAUUCAAUGUACUUUGGACCAACUUUAUUUCUCAGUAACAUUGCAGCUUUCCAACAUGCUCUAGAAAAAAACAUUUUAAAUGUUAUAAAAAGUUUUUUUUUGCCUUAACAUAACAGCUCUUGGUCACUUUUAGUGCCACCAGUUUGGGCAUCAAAGAAAAGAUUUUAGUUGAAUGCAAGACGUUUUUAGCAUUUUAUUUCUCUACUGGCACAGAAUCCUGUAAUACCAAUAUCAGUGAAGUCAAACUCCUCUAAACAUGCCAUGCAGUUAGUGUAAAAACCUUUACUGGGACUGGAAUACUUUGAGGGGUCUUUAAUAACGCAUAAUGUAUGAUUAGUUGUGUCCUUACUUAGAAACCAAAAUUUAUUGCAUGUGGACAAAAACCUAGGUCUGAAAGCUUUGCCUGUAUGAUUAUGCUAAUAAUAAUGCUUUUACUUACAGAAUGUGGAAUGUUGGUAUAUAUAUCACAAGCUGCCAGUCAAAAGUCUAAGCCUAUUAACCACUCUUUCUUACAGGUUUUUUUUUAUGUAUUUAUAACAACAAAUAUAAGACGUUUACUUGAAUGAUGAGUAACCUUUGAUCAGAUAUUACCCAAAUUGGAAUUUCGAUACAGAUUGGCAUGGUGAUGCUUAUAAGUUAAUCCAGAUAAUGAUUAUAAUAAACAUUUCAUUGAAUGUAAAAUGUAAACAUUUUUGCCUGUAAAAACUCCUGUAAGUGUAUUAAUAAAAAUAAAGUACAUGCUAGAUUUAUAAAUAUUUUGCAGAUGGAAGUAAAAAUGUGUAAAUGUAAA